AUGGUGGAAAAAUACAUUGAGAUAUUCAUGGAUGAUUUUUCAGUAUUUGAGAAUUCUUCUAAUGAUUGCUUGGAACGACUAUCGCUUAAACACAUCUUUAACCGCGAUGGAUUACCUAGGGCCAUAAUAAGUGAUGGUGGAACUCAUUUCCGCAAUCAGCUAUUCCAGGCAGUGCUACAUAAGUACGAGGUGGAAACCUCGAACAGACAAUUAAAAAGAAUUUUCGAGCUCACUGUGAAUGCAUCUCGCAAAGAUUGGUCAACAAAAUUGGACGAUGCUUUAUGGGCAUAUCGCACUGCUUACAAGACACCUAUUGGGAUGUCCCCAUAUCGACUAGUCUUUCGACAAGUAUGCUACCUUCCAGUGGAGUUUGAACAUAGAGCAUACUGGGCAUUGAAACAAUUAAACAUGGACCUCGAAAACGUUGGAGAAACAAGAAUACUGCAGCUACAUGAAUUGGAAGAAUUCAAAAGAGAAGCAUAUGAGAAUGCAACCAUCUACAAGGAAAGGAUGAAGCAGUAG